UUCACUUUGACUUCAACUUGAACCCCUCCACUCUUCCUUUUUUUUGGUGCUUUCUCCCUUUCUCCCCAUCAGUUUUUAUCACUGGGGGUUUUUUUUCUUGUUUCUUGUGCUGUUUUAUCAUCUUUUCUUUCCUCUCUGUGCAUCUUUUUUUUUGUCUGUUGAUACCCGUCAGCCUAAAAGUUUGGAUAUUGGCAUAAUACUACUACUUUCUAGAGAGAAAUGCCGCAUUUAGAGUCAGCCAUGGCUGCUACUAUCGUCCCUAAAAUCACCUCUGAUAUUGCCCCCUCCCAGCAAGAGGUUUCGUCUCUUCUCAAUACCAUUUUUACCACCGAAACCUCACAACAGGCUCUCGAUGCCUCGUACGCCCUGACCAAUCUGCUCAUUCAGAGCGUCGGACCCUUCGCCUUCCAGACCUAUGGCACCCUGCUGCCCGAUAUUAGAAAAGCUGCUCUCGAUAAGAAAAAUGGCACCAAACGUGAGAGUGCUAUGCUCAUCCUUGGUGCUUUGUUCGAACGCUUCCCCGCCGCCCAUCCGCUGAGUGAAGUCGUUUUCCUGCUCCAGGAUGGAGGCGUAUUCGGUCUGGUCCUUGAUGCGCUGGCUGACAAAGGCGCCGUUGUACGUGACGCUGCCCAGUACGCUAUCGAUGCCCUGUAUGCUGCCCUCAAGCCUGAAUCUAAGGUCAAUGCCCUGCUCCCUGCGCUCUCCAGCUAUCUGAGCCGGGGAACCGGCAAGUGGCAGGGCUUUGUCGGCGCCUACUCGCUCCUUGAGAAGAUGGCCCUUGAAUCGCAAAUGGGCCAGGGUACCAAGGAAGAGGAAGAGCAGAAGGAUGUCCUGCGGGAGGCUAUGGGCAAGACGCUCAAGGAUCUCAUCCCCCUCGUUGAAUCCGGCAUGCACGAUCUCAAGGCUGAAGUCGUCAAGCGCGCUUGCAAGACCAUGACUGCCCUCACCACCCUUCUCUCCAACGAUGAUGUGUUGCCCCGCAUUCCGUUGCUUAUCAAGACGAUGGAGCAGCCCUCGGAGCAAACCCUCCAGAAGGCUAUCCACGCUCUCUCCCAAACCACCUUCGUUGCCAUUGUCACAUCCCCCGUCCUCGCCCUGCUGACCCCGCUUCUGGAGCGGUCCCUCAAUGCUCCAACCACUCCCCAGGAGACCCUACGUCAGACUGUCGUCGUCGUCGAGAAUCUAACCAAACUUGUCCACGAUCCCGCCGAAGCCCGCACCUUCCUGCCCAAGCUCAAACCCGGUGUGCAAGCUGUCAAGGACCGCGCCUCCCUUCCCGAGGUUCGUGAACUUGCUACCCGUGCGAUGGAUGUGAUGGAGAAGGCGAUGGCCGAUAACAACCUGGCUGCCGGCUCCAUUGCCAAGAUCACUCCCGACGAAGUCAUGUCUCUUCUCAAUGCCAAGCUCCAGGAGGCCGGCGGUCUUGCACGCCCUGAUGCCGUCACCCUCUACGAACUCGGCAAGAACUAUAUCUCAGAAAUGGUCCGUGAGGAUGUCAACUGUCGCCUGCUCGCCCGCAUUCCGGCCUGCGUUGCCCCUUAUCUGCAAGGCAUGCUUCCCGAAGGCAAGCCCGACGAGGUAGCCGCCGCCGUGAAAGAUCAUUUCAUCGAGGAGGACCAUCGCAAGUACGGCAAGCCGGUUCCAGAUGAUCCAAACGAGAUCGAGAUUGUCAACGCCAAUUUCUCGCUGGCGUACGGCGGUAUGCUUUUGCUGUCCCACACGAACCUGCGUCUCCUCAAGGGUCACCGCUACGGUCUCUGCGGACGCAAUGGUGCCGGAAAGUCGACUCUCAUGCGCAGUAUUGCCAAUGAUAAGCUCGAGGGCUUCCCUCCACCGGAUCAGGUCAGAACCUGCUUCGUGGAGCACAACCAGGGAGAAGAUGCCGAUCUGAGCAUCUUUGAGUUCGUCCAGAAGAACCCCCAGAUCGCUGCGGAAGGAGAGGAUCAUAUCCGCAGUGUCUUGCUCGAGUUCGGUUUCACCGAUGGCCCCGAAGGACGCCAAAACCAGCGCGUUGGAUCCCUGUCGGGUGGUUGGAAGAUGAAGCUCGCGCUGGCCCGCGCCAUGCUUCUCAAAGCCGAUGUUUUGCUGCUGGACGAACCUACUAACCAUUUAGAUGUCGCCAACGUCAAGUGGCUGCAAGAGUACCUGAAGAAGCACACCGAUAUUACUAGUUUGAUCGUCAGUCACGACUCGGGUUUCCUCGACGAGGUCUGCACCGACAUCUAUCACUACGAGCAGAAGAAGCUUGUCUGUUACAAGGGAAACCUGGCGGACUUUGUCAAGGUGAAGCCCGAAGGCAAGAGCUACUACACUCUGUCCGCCAGCAACGUGCAGUUUAAGUUCCCAGCCCCCGGUAUUCUUUCCGGCAUCAAGUCCAACACUCGCUCCAUUCUGAGAAUGACCAACUGCACCUACACCUACCCUGGGGCUAGUAAACCAUCUCUGGCGGAUGCCUCUCUAUCGCUCACGCUGUCUUCCCGUGUCGCCAUUAUCGGCGGAAACGGUGCUGGUAAAUCCACCUUCAUUAAGAUGCUGACCGGUGAAACUAUCCCCCAGAUUGGAAAAGUGGAAAAGCAUCCCAAUCUGCGCAUUGGAUACAUCAAACAGCAUGCCUUGGAGCACGUUGAGAUGCAUCUGGAGAAGACUCCCAGCCAGUACCUGCAGUGGCGGUACGCCAACGGAGACGACCGCGAGGUCUUCCUGAAGCAGACCCGCAUGCUCACCGAAGAAGACAAGGCCCAGAUGGAGAAGCCUGUCGACCUCGGUGAUGGCCGUGGUCCCCGUCGCGUUGAAGCGCUUAUUGGUCGACAAAAGUGGAAGAAGUCCUUCCAAUAUGAAGUGAAAUGGGUCGGUCUCCUCCCCAAGCACAACACGAUGAUCUCCCGCGAGACGCUCCUCAACCUCGGAUUCUUCAAGAUGAUUCAAGAGUUUGAUGACCACGAGGCUUCGCGCGAAGGUCUUGGCUUCCGUGUUUUGGACCCCAAGGUCAUUGCCAAGCACUUCGAGGACGUCGGUUUGGACCCGGAGAUUGCCACACACAAUGAGAUCUCCGGUCUCUCUGGUGGACAGAAGGUCAAGGUCGUGCUGGCUGGUGCCAUGUGGAACAAUCCUCACUUGCUCGUGCUGGACGAGCCGACUAACUUCUUGGAUCGCGAUUCGCUGGGUGGUUUGGCCGUGGCGAUCCGUGACUUCAAGGGUGGUGUGGUCAUGAUUUCCCACAACGAAGAAUUCGUCGGGGCUCUCUGCCCUGAGCAGCUGCAUGUCGCGGAGGGUCGUGUUGUGUCCCGCACCAACACCGCAGUCGCCCUCGACCGGUUUGAGGACAGCGCAGCCUCUUCUCCCCAGCCCGGCAGCACCGCCGCCAACUCGGUGGCCAACAGCGCUGCUGCAUCCGCCGUCAACUCCGGAGCGGAGGAUACCGGUGAACUCAAGUUCAAGGCGAGAAAGAAGAAGAAGAUGACUCGUGCCCAGAUGAAGGAGCGUGAGGUGCGCCGCCGCCUGCGCCACAUCGAAUGGCUCAACAGCCCUCCUGGCACACCCAAGCCAGUCGAUACUGACGAUGAGGCAUAAAAAUUUCGCUUUGGUUUAACGGAUUUGCUUGGACGAUUGUAUGAUUUGCUUUUUUCUUUUUUCUUUUUUUUUUUUCUUUUGUUGUGGGUUAGACAGGUGUUUAUUAGUCUUCUUAUAUACCUAUAGACUUGUUGCUAUAAUGCA